AAAAAAAUUAAUCAACUUGGUAGUCAUUUUUACUCUAUAAAUCCAACCCUAUGUUCUCCCAAACCUCUUCCCCUUCCCCCUCUUAAUCCUCUCCAUUGUAGAACUUUUUUUUUUCCUGUCUCUUUGGUUUUGAGUUCCUUGAACUCAAAAUCAAGUGCCCUUUUGUGAUCAAAUCUAAUUCUUAGCUACAACCCAGAUAAAUUAGCAAAAUUUUCUGUACUGGGUUUGUGUUUUUGACGCCAAAUCAGUGUUCUUCAUCAUCAAGUUUGCGUCUUUCCUGGGAACAAAAGCUUGAUGAUUAAUAUCUUAAUCUUGAUGUUUGAGAUUCAUGUCUCCAAUUCUCAGUGAAAUCCUCCUUUCUAGUUGUAUGAGAAACUCAAGAUUGAGGCGCAAGGCCCAUCUUGUUCAAUCCUUCUCAGUUGUUUUCCUCUACUUUUUGUACUAUGUUUCAUAGCCUUUUUUAUUGCAUCAAUUUGCCCCUAAAUUAGUUAAUCUAGCUCUAUUAUCUGCAAUUUGUUCAUCAAUCUGGGUUAAAUCGGUCUUGGGUUUUGCUUGUAAUUGGUUCAAACAAGGUUUUCAAAUUCUGGGUCUUAUUAUAAAUGGGUUCCUCUAGUGGUACAUCUUCAGGGUCAUCACUGAUACUGAACUCAGGCCCUGAAGAGGAAUUGCAGGCUUUGAUUGACCAGAGGAAGAGGAAGAGAAUGAUAUCGAACAGGGAAUCGGCUCGACGGUCCAGGAUGAGGAAGCAGAAGCUUUUGGACGAUAAGAUGGCUCUGGUGGCUCAGCUCAAGGAGGAGAACCACCAGAUCAUCACUAGCAUCAACAUCAGUAGACAACAUUACUUGAAUGUUGAGGCUGAGAACUCAAUAUUGAGAGCUCAAGCUGGUGAGCUUAGCCACAGAUUGCAGUCUCUGAAUGAGAUUGUUAAUGCAAACAACUGUGGAACUGCUUUUGGGGAUUCAAUUCUUGCAUCAGCCAUAACUCUGAAUGAGAUUGUUAAUGCAAACAACUGUGAAACUGCUUUUGGGGAUUCAAUUUUUGCAUCAGCAAUAACUUUGCCUGCUGAUCAUAGCUUCUUGAACCCAAUGAAUUUGCCCUAUCUGAAUCAACCAAUUAUGGCUUCUGCUGAUCACAUGUUCAAUGAAUACUACUAAUUUUGAAGACAGAGAGAGAGAGAGAUGGAGUAUUAAGGAGUAUGGAAUAGUUAAGGUUGUUGGGUUGCUCUUGAACUGUGAAAUUAGUGUUGGUUAAAUAUAAUUAGUGUAGUUAAUGAUCAAGAGCUGAUAGUUAUGUGUAAUUAAUUAGUGGUCUGAUCUUCUUUUGUUGUUCAAUAAUGUUGUUGGAAUUUUACCACUUGUGAAUUACUACUUGCUGCUUUAUGAAAAGUUCU